UGGGUUUAAAUAUUCAAAAUGGCGGACGGAGGAGCAGCGAGUCAAGAUGAGAGUUCAGGACCAGAUUCUAGAAUGAGCAAUCCUUCAGAAACAAGUAAAUGUGCAAUGGAGAGCGGGGACGAAAACACUGGUGCCCAAACAAAUGGACUGGACUUUCAGAGGCAGACUGUGCAAACAACAAGCGCAAUCACCAACGCACAUGCACAGGCCUUGCUCCAACAGUUGACUUUGACUCCAGCGCAGCAGCAGUUGUUGCUGCAGCAGGCUCAGGCUCAGCUCUUAGCAGCAGCGGUUCAGCAUUCAGCCGGUCAGCAGAGCAGCACUACAGGAGCCAGCAUCUCUGCCUCCGCUGCCACCCCCAUCACCCUCUCCCAGCCCAUCCAGAUCACGCCUCAGUUACUGCAACAGCAGCAGCAGCAGCAGAACCUCAACCUGCAGCAGUUUGUGCUGGUCCAGCCUGGCCAUCCCAUCGCAACACAGCUGCAGCCCGCGCAGUUUAUCAUCUCACAGACGCCACAGGGCCAGCAGAGUCUCCUGCAAGCCCAGAACCUUCUAACUCAACUACCUCAAAGCCAAGCCAACCUCCUGCAGACCCAGCCAAGCAUCACACUCGCCACACAGCCUGCGACCCCCACUCGCACGAUAGCAGCAACCCCCCUCCAGUCCCUCGCUCACAGCCAGACGACACCAAAGCACAUGGACACACCAAGCCUGGAGGAGCCCAGCGACCUGGAGGAGCUUGAGCAGUUCGCCAAGACCUUCAAACAGAGACGCAUCAAACUGGGCUUCACGCAGGGGGAUGUUGGCCUUGCCAUGGGAAAACUAUAUGGAAAUGACUUCAGCCAAACCACCAUUUCUCGCUUUGAGGCCUUGAACCUGAGCUUUAAAAACAUGUGCAAACUGAAGCCUCUGCUUGAAAAAUGGCUCAACGAUGCAGUUUGUGCAGAAAACCAGACGUCUGACCAGGCCCUGUCCAGUCCCAGCUCUCUUGGCUCACCGGGGCUGGGCAUGGAGGGCCUGAACCGCCGCCGCAAGAAGAGGACCAGCAUCGAGACCAACAUCAGAGUGGCCUUAGAAAAGAGCUUUCUGGAGCAGAACCAAAAACCUACCUCUGAGGAGAUCACCAUGAUCGCAGACCAGCUCAACAUGGAGAAGGAGGUGAUCCGAGUGUGGUUCUGUAACCGCAGACAGAAGGAGAAGAGGAUCAACCCGCCCAGCAACGGCAGCGCUGCCAGCACCCCUAUCAAAGCAAUCUUCUCACCCACCACAACUCUGGUGCCGAGUACAGCCAGUCUUAUAUCCAGUAACACACCGACUACAAUGACUGUAAACCCAGUUUUGCCUCUCACCAGCACUAGUGUCUCCGGCAUCAGUUUCACUGGCACAACUCUGGGCUCGGCCAUCAAUAACACUGCAUCGGUCAUCUCCACUGCACCCGCGGCCACCACCGCCUCGUCCUCUCCCUCCCUUAGCCCUUCUCCCACAGCAGCGCAGACGUCCUCCUCAGAGCAAGCUUCAGCUCAGGAGACGCUCACAGCCGUCAGUCAGGCACCAUCCUCCCUGGCGUCCACCCUGGGCACUGGGCAGGUGAUGGUGGCGGCACCCAGCCUCUCAGCCGCUCUACAGGGAGCCGCUCAGCUGCCCACCAGUGCCAGUAUCGCCGCCAUGGCUGCGGCCGCGGGCCUCAAUCCUGGGCUCAUGGCAUCCUCACAAUUCGCUCCUGGCGGGGCUCUUCUGAGUUUGGCACCCGGUGGUCUCGGAAGCGCUUUGAGUCCGGCAUUGAUGAGCAACAGCACCUUGGCCACGAUCCAAGGUGUGUGGAGCGCUUUGGCAUCUAGUGGCACCUUGCCCAUAACAUCUUUGGAUGGGAGCGGAAACCUGCUGUUUGCCAACACCAGCGCUGGCAGCACUCCGAACCUAGUGACGGCGCCUCUCUUUCUGAACCCUCAAAACUUGUCGCUGCUCGCCAGUAACCCGGUCAGCCUGGUGUCUGCAGGAGGAGCUGCGGGUGCCGCCGGAGCCCUCAACCUGCACAUCACCGCCGAUGCCCACCAGAGCGCUGUCACCACGGCAACUAUGCCCGCCUCCACCAUAACCACGGCCUCCAAGGCCCAGUGAAAGCUUUACCAACUCCCCUCCUCUUCUAGACCCCUUUCCUCUUUCUAACAUUUUUUUCUUUAAUCUCUUGCUACCACCAAAAAAACCCACUAAAAAGGAUUUAAUGUUGUUUUAACGUUAUUUUAAUGUUUAAGUUUGUACGUUCGCAUAUCUUUUACACUUUAUACUUCGAUGUUUGGACCUCGUUGACAGGUUUGACCAUUAGCGAAUGUUGGCGUCUCCACAGAGCUGGCAUUAGGAGAGCGAGUUGAAAACCUCCCUGGACGAUGUGCCAAGUCUCUGUGCGACGCAAAAGACGUAUUCGUGUCGGCGAACUCACUCUUUUUUCUCCCAUUUUCACAAAAUACCUCUCCUUCAGGGGUACUUCUGAAAUGCUUUUAACCAAAAAACUUUGUUUACUCUGUGUUGAAUGAUACCUUCUUACUGCUGACAGUAACCUCCUCUUCCUCACUGUAGAAAAAGGACUGUCUACGAUCUCUGUCUCUUUCCACUGGAGAUCCUGCUUUGUUUUUAGAUGCACAUGUUUUAUUUUUGUCAACCAGUGGGUUAGCUUUAUGUCCUGUAUCUUACUAACUUGUGGUUACAAGGCUUUAAAUGGAGUAAUAAGCAGCUGUGAUGCGGUUUAAUUGCUUUAAGGAGUCGUUUGACUGGCCUUUCUCAACACUUUUUCGUAUGAUUUCAUAGGUUACUCAGUAGCAGAAGACUAGUCUGGGGAUUGAAUCCCGAUCUAGUCACGGGCUCACUUAAUACUAAAAGCUUUAACAAGUUCUGAGAUGAUUUCAGGAUGGGCAAUGGUGACUGAGCAGUGCCGUCUACUUUAGCGUCAGGACUGUAAGGUAAACCUCCUCAAGGUCUUCCUAACACGGGAUGUACUUUUGGUAUGGCCACCUGUUUGUGAAAGAGUGAGGUGGAUGACGUUCAACUUUUAGUUUAUAAAGGUCUUUGAUUUUCUACUUGUGCACAGUAUCUGUACCAAAAAAAAACUGGAUUUGAGAACUGCAGUCUGCUUGGUUUUUAGCAGAACUUCUGUCACGCUUUAAGAGGUCUUUAUUUCGGAGGUCUUUGUAAUUGCCUCUAUUUCAAGAUAUACCAAAAAUCUUUGUUAUACCUGUUGCUGUAUAUUGCUACUGUAGCGUAGUGUAAGCCUAAAUAUUUAUGAGCGAAGGCUCUCGGUAGACCACAGGAAAUAUAAUGCAAUAUUUUGAUCUUUUCCAAAGACGAAUACAUAUUUUUCUUUCUUUUCUUUAGUUUAUUUUUAUUAUUUUGAGAUGGCUGUCCCUCCUCAAUUUUGUAGUGUCAGGAAAACUAACCAAAUAGAUCUAAAGCAAGGUGUGAUGCUACAGAAAGUAACAGUUUGAGGUUUGGGAUUUUGUCUCUGCUGAAGGAUUUUCAGUGAGAAAAAUGGGAGCGUCGUCCCAUUCCGUUAAAAUAAAACUGUUGGAGGUAAUGCAAGCAUGUUCUUAUCUGACAGGCAUUUUGAAUACUUUAUCCCUUCUUCAUAGUUACAAGAUGCCAGAUUCAGUCCUUGGUAAUCCAAAAAUCUGGGCCAUCUCUAAAAUUCAACAUAUUGGGCAGCUGUUGGCCUGAGAUAUCCGUUAUAAAGCAUUGAGACUGGUCGAGGAUGGUCUGUUUUUUUUUCCCUACCAAUGUAAUGCAGCCAUGAUGUAAAGCUUGAACCAAAGUCGAUUUCUCACUAGCUGCUGUGCCUGUGUGGGCCAGGGCAAUGCUGACCACACUUUCACUACUCACUACUGACAGACUUUACCAUCUAACACACUUCUUUCAAACCCUUUUCGUUGUCCAACAAGUCGCGUUCGGCUUUCUAACUUUAGCCUCUAGUGCAGCGCUAACAUUUGCUUUAGCUCUCGAUAUAUCAGAGCAUUUAACGAUCCAAAGAGAAUCUUUAGGGCCUUGUGUUUAAGUGCUGUUGAGAUUUUGGGAGUUUGCGUCCUUCAUUUCAUUCGUUUACCUUCUUGGCGAGUCUUCAGUGUGGACGUGACCUAGCAGGGCUCAAUAUUGAUGCUGCGUUUCGCUUAUUGAAUAGCAAUAGAGUCCAUUGAAUCUAAAAUCUAGAAGUACGCACGAAAGCUGAAGCCAACUGAUGAGAAGGGUUGGUAUUGCAUUGGUACAUUGUUUGUUUUACUUUUUUAGACAAGAGAAAUCAAUGAUACAAGCAGUCUGGGAAAAUUACAGUAGUAUUUCAUCUGUAGCAUUGCUUCCAAUUCUCUCAGAUGUUUGAUUCUGUCACAAAAGAGUCUCCCCGUAAUGUCCCUUGUUACUGUGGUUCUUCCUGUUGAUUUUUGUUACAUAACGCUAAUUGUGUUUUUAUUGUUGUUAUGAUUUGAAAUACCUCAGCAGCACUUACAUGGAAGGUUCACUUUAAGCAAAAGACACCAGUAGUCAAUUCCAGAAUGUACAAAACUGUUUCUGACAGACGUGUAAAACAAAACUACAGGCAAAUCUGUAAUAAUAACGUCUACUACUGCUAUUUCAAGAACUACUACUACUACUUAAAGGGUAUGUCCAGGUUAACUUGUAAUGAAUAUUUUGUUAUCCUACUUGCCAAAGUUAAGAAAAAAACAAAAAAAAAAGCCUUUGUCUUUGCGGCUGGGUCUUGUUGCUGCUCAUUCCGCUGGUUCUGUCCGGAAAUUCAACGUAGCCUCUCUGGACGUGUAGAUUUGACGUGUUUUUUUUUUUUUCGCAUUAGUGUCACAACCCCGGUGGUCGCCGGGAAUGUGAGGAGUUACUGAUAUAUUUAUCUGAGGAAUGACUCAAGAUUAGAGAACGUCGUUUUUCUAAAUUCUAUAUAUAUUCACUUAUGUAAGAUGCUCAUAUUUUAUAUUUGAACUAAUAUCUAGUUUGAAUGUAGUGUUUUUGUCCUGUUUAUUCACUAAAAGGAAACGAAAAAAUAACAAAAAAUGACUUCAUUUAUAUUACAGCUAUUCUAAAAAAGAAAAAAAAAAAGAAAAAGUGAAGACCAAAAAUUGCAACCAAACCCUUGUGAUGUGGGAGUGGUUGUUAGGUGCCCCACCUCCAUAUUUAAAUGUAGUUGGUAUGCGUGGGAGGGACUUGUAAUGGUGCUCAAAAAGGAAAAGCCACCAGCUUUUGUUGACGUGGACGUUAUAGCACCAAACUACUCAUAUUUUUUAAUUUCAUCUUCUUUUUUAUGGAUUUAUUUUGCUUUUUAACAAUCUUUAACAAUCAUUUGAGUUGAUUUACUUUAUGCCAUGGGUCUCAAACUCGAAUCCUGGAGGGCCGCAGCUCUGGAGUUUUUCUCCAACCCUUAUCAAACACAGCUGAUCCAAAUAAUCAAGAUGUUCAAGACUCUUUCGAACACGUUGAUUAGUUGCAUCAGCUGUGUUUGAUUAGGCUUGGAGCAAAACUGCAGAGCUACGGCCCUCGAGGAUUUGAGUUUGAGACCCAUGUUUAUGCCUUUUGUUUGUAUAUCAUGAGGGAGCAGCGUCACUGGCUUUCUUAGUUUGACAACAAACUUGCAUUUAUCAUUUAUGCCUUACUAUUAUUUCAGAGUUUGACACAUUGUAGCAAGCAGGAUGAUGUGAGAGGUGUAUUUUUUUAUUAUUUGUGUGCGCGCGCAUGUGAAAAGGAUGAAACCAAGCAUGCACCAAUAUCUAAACUCACGGUGCGUAUCGACCAUGAAAAUAAUAACGCUGUGAGUUUUAUUUUGUGUUUUGUGAUAUAUUUUGGAAGUGUUGCUGCCUAUUUUGUAGGUAUAAUAUUCAAGCCGGUUGAAUACCUGUUAAGAGCUUUACUAAUAACUCAACUCCAGCUGACAUGUAGGGGGCGCUAGAGGUGCAUUUAGUUUGACUUCAUACUUUAAUUGUGAGGCUUUGUAGGAAGACUCAAUGGUUGGACAAACAGGAUACUUUCUUUAGUUAAAGUGGAUAAAAGGAAGCAUCAUACAUCAUGUGAUGCAGUUGAACACUUGGCUGUAAAUGGCAUCCCUUUGAACCUCAUUAGAUGUUUCAGACAUGAUUUAUCCAAGGAUGUCGAGACUUUUCCACGUUGUUGCAGAUCCUCUUUUUGGCACUUGAUUUUGGCGCGUGUGUGUGGAUGCUCUUGUGAUGGAAUAGUUUUGGGGUUUGCCGCUGUAGACCGUCAGUCUAGUGACAAAAUAGGAUGGUAAUGCUGAAGAGGUCAUGCACCAGAAAGCUGGGCUGAGUAUAGGAGCUGUUGUAUACCUCAUUUAUAACUCAAAAACUGAGUAAAAACUUGCUUUAAUCUACUUCGAAAGAUGAAAUAACAUAAAGAAGGGGCCCAAAUACAGAAGCCUGCAGACGUUUUAGAGUGACGAACCAGAUGAACGCCCAGAAUUACGAAUUUGUGUUAGAAAUAUAUCCCACUUAUUUAUAUUUAGCAUUUAAUUUCAUGUUACAUAUUGAUUUUAUACCAAAGCCUUUUUUAUGAUUUGACAAUCGUCGUCUUUAUGAACCCCCCGGCGUUAAUAUCGUCUUGUUUUUCUGGGUUAUUCAGUCUGCUUGUUCCUCGCUUUCUCAACGAUAACCAAAGACUUUUGAAGUGAUUGUAUAUGGACUAAACUCUCUCUCCAAAUGCCCUGCUUUGAGUUCUGAGAUUAUCGGUCACACGAUGGGCCGAUUGAGCAGGCUUUGGUAGAAAGAGGAAGAAAAAACAAACUAAAAACAGCUCUGUGGGCUUCUGGAAAGGAUCUCAAGUAACCCCUCACGGGCUAGGUGAGGUUUAUUAACACACGCUGAAGGAUGUCCUGGGCGAACUGCAACCUGCUCAGGAUAAAACUGUCCUCUGGAGGCAACAGAAAACAUGCAACGUCUCUACAUAGUCGUGGUUUUAGCUGCCGUCGUCCUGUGGUUUUGCUGUCCUGUCCGUGUGUUUUCCGCUUUUCAUGAUUUUUGAAUUGGUUUGAUCAGCUGUGCAACUAUGCAUCGUUGUCCUCCGUCGUACGUACAAGGGCGCCAACAUGGCUCUUUUUAGAUGGAUUUGAAUAGUUUUAUGGAGGGUCGAAAGCAACUAUAAGCUCUAUCCCAAAGCAAAAUAUCCAAAUAUGAAAUGUUUUACAAAUGCAGAUACCAAAGAUUGCUCUGUUCUUGUUCCUCUUCCUUCCCAAACCCUUCAGCUUGUGUGUUUUUAAACUGAGCCCAGCUCCGACAGUAGUCCUAACCUCAGUAAUUCCAAAGCUUAGAUGUAUAUUUUGGUAUUUUUUUCUGAGAUGCUUAUGGGGAAAAACAAACAAACAAACUAAAAAAAGUUUGACGUUUUUUUUAUUUUCUUGUUAGUCGGAUCUGUUGCUCUUUUUUCUGUCACGGCAUGGAAUUUAACUGCAAAACUGUCUUAACGUAGAUUAAAGAAAUAAUAGUAUUUUUGUAUGUUUUUUGGAUGUGUCGGUGUAUGUGAUAUCAGUUUCACUGCCCAACUUACCAUUGUUUUUAAAACAUGAAAAAAAGGUUAAGUAAAAAAAAGACUGUAUAUAAGACUUUCAUCGCAGAUUUCAAAAGAAAUCUCUCUAUAUACUCUCAUUUCCAUCUUUCCUACGGCUGAAGCUCAAGGAAUGUGCUCCAUUUUCACCCGGUCACAUACUAUAGAUUGUACUUCUCCCUUCAGAACGCUGUAACUCUCACUGUUGUAAUAGUGACGACUGGUUGGUUUCUCAGUAUCACUACAGAUCUGAACUCUAGUGGCCUGUAAAAUCAAGCAAACACACACACUCCAAGACUGAACGCUAAACGGCUACGUCGCUGUAGCUUAGAACUGAAUGAUUGUGUAGAAUAUGAGUAUGUGAAUCAGGAUACAUGGUAGAUUUGAUGCAUUUGUCUGCUGUAUUUUGUUUGUUUUUUUUAUAAAUAUAUAUAUAAAGAUAAUCUUUUACUGUAACUGUACAGUUCUCUUUUGUUGUAAACAUCAUUAAACCAUUUUCCAAGUGUUUUAAUAUUCUAA